AUGCAUCGCUCCUACGAUGCCCGCUCGGGCUCGCGCUCUUCCAACCACAGCAACAGCAGUGCCUUCAGCCCUAACGCAAACCCCAACGAGGACUGGACCAAGAUCUCCGAUCUGGCCGAGCGUCGUCGCAUCCAGAAUCGAAUUGCGCAGCGCAACUAUCGCAAGAAGCUGAAGCGUCGCCUCGAAGACCUCGAAAGGCGCGCCGCCUCCUCGCCAUCCCCAGAACAGUCGCACGCCGAGCCGGUGCUGCCCAAGACCGCCAACAAAGCCCGCUCCAAGCAACGCGCGCCCAAAUCCGCAGACGUCAAACCACUCUCCUCUCACCCCUCACACGCCCCGGUCCCAGACCGUCCGGCCUACGACUUCUACUCCACCGACGAGCGUAACAUGUUCGCCCAACAAUGUACACGCCAACUCACGGCCUCGCCGCCCCCCGUCUUCUCCUACCCCCCGCUCCCCUCUUACGAUGCCUACCGACAACCCUAUUCGCAAGUCCCUGUCUACCACUCCGUUCCCAGCACCUAUGGCGGGAUGUCCUUUGCUGCCGACUACGGCGAGUCCGUCUCCGGGGUGGUCCCUAUGAUCCCCGGUCCGGCGAUGGGUGUCGGACGCAAACAGGCCUAUGACGAGGACAUAAUUAGUCCGUUCAGCAUGAGCUACGCUUCCAUGGCGGGCAUCGAUCUCUGCCAACCCUCGCAGCCAGAGCCCGGGCUUCCGAUGCCUUCGCUUUCCUAUGGCUAUCCCGAUGACCAUGACCAGCGCACGGCAUCGACGUCACCCGAGGCCUCUAUCUUUGCAUUCCCUCCGACUCCCGAGUCCCCGCCCUGCUCGCCCCGGUCGAUGCCCGGACUUUACGACUAUGAUCUCCGGUCAUAG